AUGCAACAGCCCAUACUGGACAUCACCUCUGAAGACCAGCCCAUUUGGUCCGAUUUCCUUGGACCUCAUCCCCUUCAAACCCCUCUGACUAGCCAUGCCCGCACCUUCAUAGCUUCUGGAGACUCUCGUCAACUGAACGUUGGUCACAUUAAUACCACCUUUACUGGGGCCGUUGCAAAAGUUGAAACUCAUUAUCAUGGAGACGCAUCAUCUAUUGCUGCGGCAUGUCAAGCGCUCAUUAACGAUGCCGAAAAAACAAAAUAUCUCGUGGCCGAAUCAGUUCGCAACUACCCCGAAGCCGCAGCAGACGUCGCAACCAUCAAUAGUGAACUCUCGGAGUUACAAAAAGUGCUUGAGUUACUGAACGACAACAUAACAACUCCUAACGGACAAAUUAUCCCUGAGUCACUCUGGGCGCAUGUUAUGAACAUAAUAACCAACUGCACCGAUGUCAUCUCCCAAAUCAAUCAGCUGCUUGAUAGUCGCCCCGAGGACAAUGAUCUCACCAAGCCAGCAGCCAGCUGGAGGAGGGAAGCUACAGCCUUACGCAUGUCACUGGGGACGCAUCGCGUUUCUUUGAACCUAGCCCUUCAGUUCGUCUCUCUGGGUAUGACGAAAACAAUCCAAGAAGACACAACUAUCAUCCGCGGAGAUGUUAUGGGCGUCAAACAAGACACCACGCUUAUCACAGGCAUUCUAGAAGAGUUAGGUCGACUUCGUGCUAUCGUUGCAAAUAGCACGACAACAAGCAUCACAAGAGACCAGGACUUUAUUCUUGAGAGGUACCUCGACGGCUUGACGAGUUAUGCAGAAAGUGUUUGUGCGGAUGUGGUUUGGGAAUCCCCAAAUUAUAGUCCCCAGACACCACGCAAUAGAAACGAAGGAUAUAAGAGACAAAUACCAUCAAACAUGCCUGGCUUGACACUUCCAGCUUUACAACUGGAAAGUCUCCCAAUUUUUGCAGAUCGGAUCUGGGAUGAUGUGGCUUUGAAACAUCUAAAGGGUAUUCCCCAGUCUCCAGCUGAUCAAAAUGAAGAGACCGGGAGGGAAUCACCGCUAGCCACGACUAUCGAUGAAUCGGAGUUGCCUCAGGGCCAACAUCAGGACAUUCAAGACAUUCAGCCUUUGGUCCAAUGGCACUCUUCAUUUCUUUCACUCCUAGACAAACUAGCAACCUAUGCGAAUAGGAUAUGGGAUAUUAAAACCCCACAACAACCAAAUCCUCGUCUCGGACCACCAGAUGUUGAAACCGAGGAAAAUAGUCAACAAUCGUCAUCAAACACGACUGACUCCACGCUUCGAAGCUCGAGUGAUGAAACAGAAGUUUUGUCAGAAUUUUUGUCAGACCAAACUAGUAUGGAUUCGCUUUUAUCCGCAGGGCGCUUUUUCAUUUAUCGAAGAAAAAUCGCGUAUCAGCCAGAACAGUGUGUGAAGCUUGUUAUAGUAGGCGAUGGAUUAUGUGGCAAGACCACAUUGCUCAUUAUUGAGUCUGCUGACUCGGCCGAUAAUGUUCUUGAAACGUGGGAUAAAGAAGUUCAUCCAUUCUCUAGAGAUUUGCCAAUCCUCCUUGUUGGCUUGCAAAAAGAUCUGCGAGACGAGAAUCCUCCCCAAGAAGACCUGGUGAAAUGGGAAGAGGGUGAUGCUAUUCGGUCUAAAAUAGGGGCAAAUGCCUAUAUGGAAUGUUCGGCCAAAACUGGGGAAGGAGUGGUUGAAGUUCUGCAUGAAGCAACGCGCUUGGCUUUAUUAGCUGGAAAACGUCAGAAGCAGAAACAGCAUUUCAAACGAUUCUUUCGAAGGACAAUGGGUUGA